CUCGCCGCGCGAGGUUGUCGUUCCCGCGGAAGAUGCACACAUGCAACGCGACGCGAUAAUAUAUCCAAAAGUGCCUUAGAACUUUUUAUUAGUGUAAGACUGUAAAUCUGUGCUCAAAAGUUACCGUGAUAAGUGAGAGACUGGAAACUUGGAAAUUGGACUUUAGUAGUUUCUAGUACCGGCUGAUAGCGCAAAAAUUAUCCACGAUUGGGCGUUGUCCCCACCAGGUCAUGCAGGGUGCGGCUAACGCGCCUGCGCCUUCCGCGGCGGAGCCUCCGGCGUCACAACAAAUCAAAACAGAAGUCAUCAGUGAGGCGAAGGUUGAUGCGGAAAACGACGAAAUGAAGAUCGAAACGCGAGCGAAUAGAACAACCAGCAUAGACAGCGAUAAUCGCUCGGACAGAAGCGACGAGGAAGAUUGUCGGCGGGCGAGAAAGCGGGCAGCAUCUACCUCACCUUCACCCAUCCCCCUGGACAAGAGAACCGCGCGGUUUGAAUGUCCAAAAUGUUUCCAACGAUUUGACUCCCUCAACGCUUUUGACAUCCACCGAUUCACCGCACACGGCGAUGAAACAAAAUCCAAAUAUGAAGACUACACAUUCUCAGAUUUUUCGAAUAAAAAAUUCGCAGAUAUCCCCAGAAACAUGGGCGAUCGCAACCAAAUGCCUAUUAAUGAUCAGCUCUAUAGGUGUGAAUUUUGCACAAGAGACUUUCCCUGUUUACAAGUGUUGGAGAUCCAUAGAAAAACUUGUGCCUCAACUAGAGUACCUAGUCCAGAACGCGAUCGCAGAGAAGACUUUUUCGCUAAAUUAGAUUUGCGAAAUAGAUCGUUUGGAAUUCCUGGAACUUUAACACCUCCAAUGGAAAGGUUCACUCCCAAGUUCGAUGAGGCACAUUUAGGUAAUGGAAUAAGACAUAUCGACGCUGCGAGAGACCUAGCAGAUAUUCAGUCAAUCUUAAACGUCACUUCUGCUGGUAGUCUUCUAGAAAGAUUAACGGGCACGAGAGUUGCUCUAGAAAGUGCCGUAUUAACCCCACCGGAUACCAUAGGCAAAGAUAGAGAACAAGAAGAAACGCAAGAUAAUUUCGCAGCUGAGUUUAGGCGUAUGAAAUUGCGCGGAGAAUUCCCAUGUCGACUUUGUCCAGCUAAAUUUCCUAACCUCCGAGCUUUAAAGGGACAUAAUCGAGUACAUCUAAGUGGAACAGGCCCCGGCCCCUAUCAGUGUAAUAUGUGUCCGCAUGCAUCUCUUGAUAAAGCAGCUUUAGUACGUCACAUGCGUACACAUAAUGGGGACAGGCCUUAUGAGUGUGCUGUUUGCAACUACGCUUUUACAACCAAAGCAAAUUGUGAACGACAUUUAAGAAAUCGUCAUGCUAAAGUGACGCGUGAAGAUGUUAAAAGAUCUAUUAUAUAUCACCCUUCAGAGGACCCAAAUAACGAUGAAGUUAACUCCAAACUCGCGCGAGACGAAGUUAAGAGAUCAUUAGCAUUCCAUACACCAGAUCUUGAGAGACGAAAUGAUUCGGGCCGCGAUACGCCUUUAACUCACUAUUCUCCUACAUACAUAACUGACAGACAUCCAGUUACUGCAUUGGUCAAAGCUCUACCAGAAACGCCCACUUUGACUCCGAGAGAAUCCGAACAAACAAUGCCGAGAAUUAAAGUGAAAGGCAUCGGACAGUUGACACAAAUACCUGAAUUCAGGACACCUGAUAUCACGUUUAAAUCAAACGAUAUUCAACCGGAGCCGUACAAUGAAGAGGCUCCAGUGGACCUCAGUACGAGUGAUAACAAUAGUUGCGAUGUUCUUGACCUAAGUAAAAAGAAGCGUGAUACGGAUGAUGAUGAGCCAAAAGUGCAAACACGUCCACCCUUCGAUACUACAGCUACAGCAGCUGCUACCGCUGCAGCAUUCGAAAAGACAAGGUUCUUACUUGCCCAGCAAAGACUAUUUGAAACUUCACUUCCUAAACUAGACCCUGCAUAUUAUGCCACCCAACUUUCUCAAUUAUAUGCUGGUGCAGUACCAGGGCUACCUGGUCUACCUAUACCACCAUCUUUCCCUAUAAAUCCUUACUUUCUGCAAUCUUCUUUCUUUCCCCAUCCAACUGAUUCGCAAGAGCUCGCCGAAAUAAAACAGCGUAUACAGAAAGAAAUCAUCCGUGGCUUAAGCAUGUCUGGCGGAAGACUAGUAACGACUGAACCUGAAACUCAACCAAAGCAAGAACCAGAAGAAGAAGAACAGAAACCUUUGCAAGUUGCCACGUCACCGACACCUCCGCCACAUUCUGAAUCUCCGCAUCCGAUAACUAACAACAUCGUACCACAGAACGAUUCCGUGAAGAUGGUCAUAAAGAAUGGUGUGCUGAUGCCAAAACAAAAACAAAGAAGAUAUCGUACUGAGCGCCCUUUUUCAUGUUCACAAUGCUCAGCUCGCUUCACUUUGCGUUCAAAUAUGGAACGGCAUGUUAAGCAACAACAUCCUCAACAUUGGAGUGUGAGGAGACCGGCGCCAAGAGCGCCCCCACCGUACCCUGGAUCUGAAAAUUUAGCAGAUCGAGUGAAAUAUGCCUUGUUAGCUCGACACCUUGAACGGCCGACGCAACUCGACCGUUCUCCCGUUAGACGAGACUCUGAUGAAGUCGCCGAUAAUGAAGAAGAUGAAGAUGAUGCCUUAGUAAUUGACGAGGAACCUGAUGAAAAAUCUGACGAACAUACAGCCGCGCAUAGAGCUGCCGCGGAAAUCUUAAUGGCAACCCGUCAACAGGAAAUGAAUAAGGAUUUCGAUCUUAAAAUUGCUGGAAGUCUUAUAAACAAGCCAGUGCCUAUUAAUAACGAGAAAACAGAAACGGGUACUGACCCAAUUCCAUUGAGUCAGGAGGCCGCAGUGCCCGUGGUACCGACACGCAGUGAUGAAGAGGAAGACGAGGAGGGCCUUGUGGCUUCUACUAGCGAAGGAAAUGUCUCCGGAAGUGACGAAAAUAAAUCCGAAUCCGACACCAACCAACCACCGAAAAAGAAGUCCGCAUACAGCCUCGCACCGAACCGUGUCUCCUGUCCUUACUGCCACCGUAAAUUCCCCUGGUCCUCCUCCCUCCGCCGGCACGUGCUCACGCACACCGGCCAGAAACCCUUCAAAUGUCCCCACUGUCCUUUACUAUUCACCACUAAAUCCAACUGCGACCGUCACUUGUUACGGAAGCACGGCGGAUCAGCCAAAGCAAUACUUGCGGAGCCAAUCGCAGAUGCUCUGCCAGCUGUUGACGCUCGUUCAGUGCCUGAACGACCUUUCAAAUGUGCCUCAUGUCCAGCCAGUACCUUCUCUUCUUUGGACACAUUAAAAAAGCAUAUGUCCUCUCGCCAUGGAGAUUCUCAACCUCCUUCCCCGUCUGACACUACCGAAGACAAUGAAAAUGGUCUGGUCUUCAAGUGCCACUUAUGUGAACAGUCGUUCGGCGAUCGUAGUGGGGCUUUAGCGCAUUUGGCAGCAGCGCAUUCUGCUGAAUAUGAACAGUUAGUCAGCAAGGGGGCUCUGGAUGCAGCCAGUGAUAGAAGCGAAAGCGCUGAUGAUGACGAAAGAGGAAAAUUCCCGGAUCAUGCUAAUAGAAAGGUGGUCUGCGCGUUCUGCGUCAGACGCUUCUGGUCCGCAGAAGACCUCCGUCGCCACAUGCGCACGCACUCCGGCGAGCGGCCGUUCGCCUGCGACCUGUGCCGGCGCCGCUUCACAUUGAAGCACAGCAUGCUGCGGCACAGGAAGAAGCACCGCGAGGACACGGACGACGAGGAGACCCCGCCUAGCACGCCGCUUGAGACCAACGGCUACCGUUACCAAGACGACGACGGCUCCGGCACCGAGAUCCCCAACAACGUGAACAACAACAACUCGCCGCCCUCCGUCCCUUACGACAAGAAGCUACAACUCGACAUGACGUCACGCAAGUAUUCCUCCGAAGAGAACGACACGGAAAAUGGCAGCGACCUCAUCGGGAAGUUACUCGGCAUUCCCGACAAAACUAUCAUAAAUAAACUCCUUUCCUCCGCUGAUGAAGCAGCUAAAUUCUUGGGAGUGAAUAAAUGAGAGUACGCUUUAGUCCUCGUGACUCCGGCCAGACUCAUCCUGGCCCCGCGGGGACUAAAAGUACAGACUAAAAAUCAAACAGCGCCAUCUGUCGGCGAGUAGUGUGAACGCUUUGGUGCCUUCUAAAUGCCUUGUACGGACCACAGAUAAACUGGGCCUGGGGCACUUUUGUAAAAAAAAAGUUAUCUGUCAAAUUUUGACAGUUGUAUUUUUUUUAUCCCGUAAUUAUUAUUGUCACAGGUUAUAAAUUUGGUUUAAUCUGUGGUCCAUUUUAGCUUAUACCGUCCUUUUAUGCCUUGUGGAUGACCAUCGAAGUAUGUUUAGUGCCAGUUUUAAAGUACAUUCGAAUCUAGGGAUUCUGUAUUGUAAAAUAAACGUAGUUUUAAUUACGUCGUUGGACUUCUAGUACGCUUAUAAACUAAAUAAUGUUUGAUGUAUUUUAUUGUAUUGUAGUUAUUUUUAUUCUAAUAGGUUUACUAGAAGUUUAUCGAAACUAUCUAUUACUAUUUGCAUUUUCAUCUAGUCGUAGUUCACUUCAUUUCAUUUUCAUUUCAUGGAUACAGCCAAAUAUUCAGCAAGCCCAAAAUUGUCUAGUCAAUUUCAUUACUUUUAUAUCGCGCUAAACCAAAUCCGUAGUUUGAAAUAAGCAUAGCUCUUAAACCAUCCUACCAAUGAAUAGAUUUAAGUAACAACUAUCACGCAUUUUCUAUCUCUUGUCAACUUGUUUUGUCAAAACUUUCUAUUCGAUUCCUCAAAGGUAUAUAUAAUUAUAUAUAAGUGAGUAUUUUAAGUAACGUAAGAAAACUUUAUUUUGCUCAAAUUUAUGGCAUUUCUUUUAAACAAAGACUAAAAAUAUUGCUUCUAAGAUGUGUUAGGAUCUCGUUUUUUUUAUUAUUAUAAUAAUUAUGUGUACGACCAAAGGUUGGACGGUUGACUUUUACCGGCCGAUGUUUUUGACAAUUUUUUAAACACGUUUCGUUAUUUUAUUAUUGAAAGAUUUUAAUUUUUUAAUUUUUUGUAACUAUUGUAGUUAAGAAUUUUGGUGCAGCAAUAUUUUUGAUUUAAUAAGUAAUUAUUAUUAGGUGAGUUUAAAACUCGAUAGGCUCGUAAAUUAUAAUUUAGUUUUAGUAACGUUCAGUCUCCAAUUUGGAUCGACGAAUCAUACGCUAGAAUAUACCUAAGUCCCGAAUAUGCUUUGUAAAAUAAUAUCGCAUACAUAUUAUAUUAUACCAAAUUUAUUAAACAGAUUAUUUAGCUAUGAGCGUAGCGUGUAAGAAUUAUACUAAUAUGUAUAUGAGUGUUUCGCUUCAAAGAAUUAUCAAGCAAUAAAUUAGUAAGUUUCAAUUAUUUGUGAAUUAAUUAUUAAUUAGUUAUAGAUGAUAAUAAAGUAAUUUUAUUAUGUAUUAAUUAUAAUAACGUGUCGUUGUACGAUUAAUGUAAUGAUUUAUGACAAAAUCCUGCUUUAUGUCAAUUAAUAGUUAAAUGGAAUUCUGUAUUGUAAUUUAUUUAGUGAAAUAAUAAUUUUCGUUACAUAAACCUUAAUUGGUGUUUGGCUAGAAAUCUGAUUUAUUAUGUAUUUAGAUUAUUAGAUAUAGAAUAAUCUCGUACUUAUUAGAAUAAGGUAAUUAUAAGAAAAUAUGGCAACACCGCUUGGCCUUUCGAUAGUAGUCGUGUGUUUAUUAAUUAUUAUAUAAAAUUAUUUAAUAUAAUGUCUAAUUAUAUAGUUCAAGUUUUACAUUGCAUGACUUGAUUGUAUUCAAUUAUAUAAAUAUGUAGUAAGCGUAUUUACUAUUCACCUUUGCCUCUCUUUCUUUAUUGCAAUAUGAGUGUCGUUUUUAAAACGUUUUGUGAAAUACAUUAUGAUAUAAUAAUAAAGAUGUAAUGCUUUUA